AUGAGCAAGAGACAAGACUCACCUCCAUAUUUGAGAAAUGGUCACACAAAGGUAUGCUAUGGUCAGCAGGGGCAUGCAAGGUUCAUGAAGAGCAGCUUAAGCACGUGCAUAAAGGGUGCCUCGAGCGUCCACAGCAAGACAUCCGGAUGGAUGGAAGUCGUGUGGAGGGUUCCCACAAAGGGCUUUGCCAUGACUUCGUCCUUUGCUGAAACAUUUGCGUCUACCUUCUCAAGGGCAACAAAGUCAGGCUUCCUUUCAUCCACCCACAGCUCGCACCAUGUACACCUCAUGGACGGAAUCGCAAAGCUCUUCAACUAUCUCCAACUCAAGGAGAAGACCAUUAGUGCAUGCUGCCUACCAGAGCUCCAAGAUGUGCCGUCAAAUGAGCACUUUGGGCUCAUCGAAUCGAGCUUUGCAUCCACAUUUGGCGGGCUACUGGAUGUGCUCAGCGAUGAUGGUGAUGCAGUGGACCUUGUCCUGCAGUCAACAAGGGCUGAAAUCCUUGAAGAAUUCGACAUCGACCCACGGCUCCUCUCUAUGCCCGAGGCACAGGCUGAGCCAUUGCUGGUGCACCCUCAUGCCACCUCAGUUUCCAGCAUUGGAACAGACGCUCAGCCGCAAGCUAUGAGGAAGCGCAAAGCAGAUGAUGACACCAUUGUCAUCUCCGACAGUGAAGCUGAUGAGCUGCUGCCCCACAAAAUCAUGCAGCAUAUGACCACCACUACUGGGGGUGAUACUCCAGAAGUCACUACAUCACUGUCAACUCAGGUAAGCCCACUCUUCCUCUUUGAUGAUCCUCCUUCUACCAAUGACUCAUCUUACAAAAAAUAUAUGGCUUCAUAUGAAAAACUUCAUUUUACUCCCAUUCUCCCUCCUAUUGAUACCCUCUUCCUAGGCAAUAGCAUGGGUAACCCACGGGUAUUCCGUGCUGUACCCGCACCCAUACCUGUGUGGAACUAG